CUUUACAAAUCUGCCACACAAACACAGUAAUCAAAAUAUAUAUAGCCUAAAUAAAAUUAUGUAAAUAUUAAAUUUAUACUACUAGAUAAAAUUGUAGUAUAAUCUAAAAAAAAUUAUAAAUAUUUCUGAGAGAGGGAGACUUUAAAUCUGUAAUAUAUAUUCACAAAACCCUUACCCUCUGAACAGUUUACGUUCCCUGUGAAGCUCAAGCUCGAGUCUCCAAUGGCGUCGUCCACCGCACAUCCACAGGAUCAGCUUCUCUCAGACGACACCCCCGUCCUCGAUUUCACCCGCCUGGUUUCCACCACCGACGCCGCCGCACUCGCGGACCUCCGCCGCGCUCUCACCGCCUGGGGAUUCUUCCAGUUAGUAAACCAUGGCGUAGAAGCUUCGUUGAUGGAGAAGCUGCGCGACCUUAGCAGGCAAUUCUUCGCGCUGAGGAUGGAGGAGAAGGAGAAAUACGCACAACCUGCAAAUCAUUUCGAAGGCUACAGCAAAGCUCCGGCGGAGGAGAAUCGAUCCGACGACUGGAACGAAAGGAUGUAUAUUUUAGCGCUCCCCAAAUCGGAUCACAACCUCCGAUAUUGGCCCCAAUAUCACCAAUCUUUCAGGGAUACAUUGAUGGAGUAUGCCGAUGGAGUGAAAAAGAUCGAAGAACAACUUCUAAAAGCAAUGGCAAGAUCGAUAAGCUUACCGGAGGAUUGCUUUCUCAAAGGAUACGGCAACCGUCCCACCAUGCUUGCGCGCCUCGGUUUGUAUCCUCCGUCCGCUCAUCCAGACCAAGUUCUCGGGAUCAAACCACAUACGGAUGGCUCCGGAAUAACCUUUCUUCUUCAAGACGACGACGUGGAAGGCCUUCAAGUUCUAAAAGAUGGUCAGUGGCGCUCGGUGCCCGCAUUGCCUCGGGCAUUUCUAGUCAACCUCGGCGAUCAAAUGGAGAUCCUGAGCAAUGGAGUGUUUUGUAGCCCUAUGCACCGAGUUCUUACCAACUCGGAGAAACCGAGGAUGACAUUGGCCAUGUUUUGCAGCCCGGAUGUCGAUCAUGAUGUCGAACCUGUGGAGAAACUUGUCAGUAGCACCCGACCUCGGCUAUUCAAGAAAGUAAGGAACUAUGGGACCACUUUUUUCCCGAGCUUUCAGCAAGGGAAAAGGGCCAUCGAUGCGCUUAGGAUUUAGGUCAUUUUGGGUGUCGUUUACAGCCGGUUUUAUCGGCGAACACCGCCCCGGAUAGGGGGCGGACAUAUACAAUAAAAAGCAUGUUAGCCUUUAGUUAAAGUAAAGUCUAAACUUAUAGACUUAAAAUAAAAUAAAGGCCUAACACAU